CGAUUCCGUCAGCAACAUCGAUCUCUCGGACAGAUCGUGAUCAUGAAUUAUCACGCUUGUUAGGCUUAGAGAAAUCUUAGACCAAUAACUCGACUACAUUCAUCCAAUAAUAGAGUAAGUAAAACAAGGAAGAGAAAGAGAGAAAGGCAAGAUGUUGAAUCUUUUUCGGGUAUAAAACAAGCCUUUGACACGACGUCAAUCAAGUUAGAUUUUAGGAAAGUAAGUACAAGUACGUAGAAUUGAUAAUUGCAGAUUUUUUGAAUGCAGCUGUGCCUGUGUCGACUGGAAUUUUAUCUUCACGUAAAUCUAAAUGAUCGUCAAGUAGAUUAUAUUGUUAUUGACUAGCAGACGUUGUUUAUAUCACCAUGGCCAGCCCGGUCCCGGUUUCAGGAGAUGCGCCUGCUGCGGCGACAGGAUCAAGAGCAGCUACAUCCGGUGUUGAUGGGAGCGCACUUGAAGAAAAUAAGAACAUGGAUAGCCUGGAUGGCACAUCAACUUUCGCUUGCCCUGCCCAUUUGGCCUGUGCUCUAGUCGAUUUUCGCGCUCUGUGCUACCUCGAAGAGUUUCUCGCAGAAAUGGCUACGAGACAGCCUGGCGGCCGCGCGCACACGCUGGUGCCCUUGAGGACGGCCGCCAACGGCAAUUGCCUGACAAACGCUGUUUCACUCGCGAUUUUUGGAUCCGAGGAGCACAGUGAAUCGCUGCGGACGCAGAUGGCAGCUGAAAUCGAACAGAACAAGUCCUGGUACGCAGAGAAGCUCGAGUUCGCGCACCCAGGGGCUGGCGAGAAAGAGCUCGCUGAGGCCGUGCAGCGCGCGCAGACACCAGGCGCAUUUCUCACGACUGCGCAUAUGGUGGCGCUCGCGAACGUGUUGCAGAGGCCAGUUAUUCUAGUCGCAUCGCGGGAAAACAUGCGGAGGUUCGGAAUGGGAUAUCACGGAAUUGCGGGAACUUUUCUCCCGAUACGAUUUUUCGAGCAGCAACUGUUGUCAGGAGAAGGACUCGGCGACGAGCAGAAACAAGCAUUAGUUCGCGAGCACCUAGGAAAGCAGAGGCCUGUAGUUGUAGCAUGGGGAAGCGAAGCGAAGGAUCACUUCGUGCCACUGACGAACAUCGUUUUUGAGGAGGAUAAGGAGGCAAACAACAAGCGAGCCAUUGGGUUUCCAGUACCGGCUCCUACGGAGCCAGUUCAUGACCCGUUUUCGCCGCCAGUUAUCCCAGCAGCUUGGAUCGAUUUCCUAUGCCGCUCUUGCGGCGACGGCGUCUACUGCGGCUGCUGGGAACGCCAUCCACAGACAUUUAUCGGACCAGGAGCGUCGCCAACGACUGCCGCGCGUGUCCAACGUCAAUGCGCGCUCGUGGCGUCGCAGUUCGCGCGUGAGAUUAUCGAGCAAGACGUUUUUGCUCGUGCAGAUCGCAAAUACACCAACGGUCUGACUGGCGUCGAGCCAGCGGUGGAUAUUUUGCUACUACUGAAACACUCUCUCGGACAUGAUCCAGGAAUCUACGUACCGAUACUCGAGACGCUCUCGAAAAUGAUCAAAAAUCUCGUCGAUCAGCCAGACGAAGCCAAAUUUCGUAGGAUAAAUCUCGACAACGCCGCACUGCACCAGAAAUUGGGGCGCUACUUGGCCACGAUUGAACUGUUUUUGGCUCUCGGCUUUCAAUACGAGGCGCCGGAUUCGAAUUUUUUGAUCCUGCCGAAGCAUCGAGAGAAUGCAGAAGUAAACGCACGAGUUACAGGCACAAUUGGAAGCAUGUUAGCACAAUUCGGAAAAGAUGUGCUGGUGAGUAAAUGA